CUAAUCAUAAAUCGUUUGUGAAAAUAUGAUUGAGAAUUAAUUUAUACGAGUAUUGCUUUACUUAUGUACUUUUCACCAUUAUUGAAAAUUGUUAACUGCUUCAAAACUGCAACUUUCCUGUCAAACUGUAUAUAAGUACAUAUCUUAAUAUAACUAGAUAUAAAGUAUUAACGUAAGCUAUUUGUUUUUGUUUCUCAUUUGUGUUGGAACAUAUGUACCAUUAUUCGUACAAAUGUACGAUCAAGUUGCUACAAGAAUGGAAUCUGUAGUAAAAACUUACCAAAAAAAAUACACAAAGAGUACGAUCUAAGAAAAUGAGAGCGGUAAAUACAAGUAUAUCCAAGUGUACGUAAGAAGCAUCUAUAAGAAAACUUGCAUUUUAAGACUGAGCCAGCCAAAGAAAUUAUUCACCUGGUUGUGAAACCGGGCCGAGCUGUUUCACCUGAUGCGCUGGAGCUUUUUAACCAUUCACUGCGCAAAAUCCGAGCAGUAAUGUUGCGCAUUCUAUAAUUUAACUAAGUUAACUGCUAUGCAGUGAUAUAGUUAGUAAAAUGAUAAUUUGCAAGAAUUUUAUGCUUGUAUUAUUAACCACGAAAAUUGAAUAAUUUUAAUUACUGUGCUUAAAAGUUAAUGCGCCCAAACUGUGUCUACGAAAUGUUAACACAAAUAUAUAUACACUUGUACUAUGUUUGUUUAAAUGUUAAGUAGUGCGAAAGUUCAAUGUUCAUCGAUUUUUCCUUGCAUAUAUACUUAUGUAUGUAUGUAUAUAUGCGCAAUAAUAAUUGUGUGUUAUUGUGAAAGUUGUCAAAGAAAAGCAAUGGAAAGUGAAAACGUUACUUCUCUACAAUCAGUGGUAGAAAAGGCUUUUUCGGUAGGAUGACCACUAGUUUCACUUCCUACCGUCGUAGCAAAGUAAAAAGUAAAUCGAAUAACGACAUUUCUUCUAUUGUUGCUGAGAUGAACGGUGUUAGUGGUAUAUCAGAUAGCUUAACUCAGCACAUAUCUAACGAUGAUAUCUCAGAUUUAGCUGAAAUAAUGGACACAACUGUGCGAAAAGACAUCAAUCUCUCCAGUGAAGAUGUAGCUGUUGUACGCAAAGAACAUAAUAAUCGACGCAGCGUUGUAAGCGCGAAUACCCAAAUGGACAAUGAUGUCACACCGGUCUACUUGGCAGCGCAAGAAGGGCACUUAGAGGUGCUAAAAUUUUUAGUGCUUGAAGCUGGUGGUUCUCUCUAUGUACGCGCACGCGACGGUAUGGCACCGAUACAUGCUGCUUCACAAAUGGGAUGUUUGGAUUGCCUCAGAUGGAUGGUGCAGGAUCAGGGUGUUGAUCCAAAUCUACGAGAUGGAGAUGGUGCUACACCACUACAUUUUGCCGCGUCAAGAGGACACCUUUCCGUGGUACGAUGGUUGCUUAAACAUGGGGCAAAACUAUCAUUGGAUAAGUACGGCAAGUCGCCCAUUAACGAUGCAGCAGAAAAUCAACAAGUAGAGUGUCUUAAUGUGUUAGUACAACACGGUAGUACAAUAGACUAUGGUUGUCGGGACAGGAAUACACAACAACGACAGAAAACUUGUUCAUUAUCGAAUAAGGAAUUUCAAGAGAUGCAAAAUUGCAGUUUCAAUAGAAGUGAUGGAGGUAACUGUAUCAACAACAGCUCACACGGAAGCUUUAACUCGAAUAGUAGUAAGCAGACUAGUUGCAGUAACACAAUUAAAUCGAAGACAUCUUCGUCUAUAAGCUCAGAUAUUGAGCCCUUUUAUUUACAUCCACCACCGAUCUCUAUGGCCCAUAAACGUAUUGAGGCCAUUUAUGCACACUCUCAACAAUCGCGGUCAUCUUCUGAGAAAUUAUACAAUGGGCAAAUGGUGCCUAAUGAUGGCUUAUAUGUCAAUCCAAUGCGUAACAGUUUCUUUACUCCUCCUUCCCCGACUGGCAGUGUUUCUGGAGAAUCAUUUUUUCUCCACGACCCUCACGAACUAAUUUAUAAUCGAGUUCGGGAGCUGUUCGAUUCCGAUUGCCACAGUGCUGGAAAUUUAAAACCGAAAAUGAAUCGCCACAAAACUAAUAGUCAUAACAAAAUACAUAAAUCGAAAACCAUAAACAAUGCAGUUGUUGUACAAGCAGAUAUUCACUCCAGUUCAAGUGGUACAGGAAGCGGAUCAGAGGAAUCUAUAUCCGUUUCUAUUCAAUCGAGUAUGAAAUUAUCUAAAACAAACAACUUUCGAAGUCAAAGUUUUAAUCUUCACACUAAAUGUAACAACGAAAGUAGCAGCUAUGAUCAAGAUCUCAGCGCCAGCUCCAGCACAAAAAUCAUCAGCAGUGAUAAUAAAAAAAUGAAUGCCAAUUCAGCUUCUGAAAUCAAUUAUAAUAAAAUCAACAAUAAUAAUAUUAAAAUUGAUAAACAAAAUCAAGUAGCUAAUCAACCUAAAACGAAUUAUUUAAACAAUGACAAGCUGAGACCAGAAAGUUCACAUGACCAUGAUUACGAGGAUAUAUAUUUAGUUCGUGAGGAGGCGCGAAAAAACAAAAGUAAAUACGGUUCUGGGCGAUCACGUUCCCGUGAUAGUGGGUCUCAUUCACGUUCAGCUAGCACUUCCUCAACUCGAAGCUCAGAUUUUAUACUGCAAUACAGCAAUCAUAAUAUGAACAGCAAGCAUCAAAGUGAGCGUUUGAAUCGAAAUAAAUCACAAUCGACUAUAGGAAUACAUAGCAAACCCAAAUACGAGUUAUCACAAAAAGAAAGUUUUACCGUUAAAAAUGUCAAUCUAAAGAACCUGCUCAACGCUAGUAGCAAUAUCAAUUGUGGUGUUAAAAGCGACACAUAUGAAAGUGUGUGUCCAAUAGAAGAUAUUGCUGAGCGUACCAAGCAAUCACAGAAAAACUCCGUUAUUCGAAAUAAUCUUGAUUGCAGUAGCAUUGGGAGCACCAAUAAUAUAUUCCACCCAAUAUGCAAUGAUGGCAACACAUGCGAUCGCCAGUUAAAACGAGUUUCAUCUGCUCCGCCUAUACAAAAAAUAGAAAUCGUAAGUGGACCUCCGCCUCCUCCACUGCCGCCGCCGAUGAACUCACUUUUACACAAAAGAAUCCAAUUAGUUACAUCAGAUCCCAUGAACUUUAGUAACUCAAAUAGUAACUUGGAUAAUAUAGAUUCCGAUUCAGGACUUGAGGUAAUUGAGGAACCAAGUUUGCGCCCAUCUGAGUUGAUCAGAAGCAAACACAACCGAACAAUGUCUACAAUAUCAGCAAACAAGAAAGCAAAACUUCUUAAUAGCAGUUAUAAUGGGAAUAUACAAAGCUCUGCGUCACUUGCAACUAUUAGUUGUGUUACACCUAGCAGAGAAAAAUUUACCUGUGACAGUUAUCACGUUUGCAAUGAUCAGAAAGAUGAGAGAAUUCAGGUGCAAAAUUACCAUUCAAAUCGCGUAGAUGCUCACCAACAUCCAUUACCCCAAAGCUAUCAGCAAUCUCAAAUGUAUGGAUCUUCCGCCGAAAAUCAUUACGAAUUACAACAAACACAGUAUGGGUACAGCAAUUCAAAUGGGAAUAUAGUAAGUGGCACACGUCCCGGUGGUCCAAACUUAGUUAAUAAACAGUUAGUACUUCCCUUCGUGCCACCCAGUUUUCCAAACAAUUCACAAGAUGGCGUAACACAUCUUAUAAAGCCUUCUGAAUAUCUAAAAAGUAUAAGUGAUAAACGAUCAUGCCCUUCUUCAGCCAGAUCCACAGAUACUGAAGAUUAUAUGCAUAUUCAAGUGGCUAAUCAGCACGGAGUUAACUUCGACCCUCCAAAGCCUCCUCCUCCGCCUCCACUCCCAACUCAUCCAUUAAUGCAUCACAAUGAAAAGCAAAACAAUAUAAAAACAGGAAACAUUAAUCAUGUAUCCGUGGUUAAUCAGGACACUGCCACACGUAAGCAACAUCAACCCCUAUCCGCCAUCUCCAUUCAAGAUCUUAACAGCGUUCAGCUUCGUCGUACUGAUACCCAAAAAAUACCCAAGCCGUAUCAAAUGCCAGCACGCAGUCUAAGUAUGCAGUGCCUUACCACGUCAGGUGAUUCUUACCUUAAAACGGAUUUAAUUGCUGAAUUGAAGAUAUCAAAAGACAUUACGGGCAUUAAAAAAAUGAAAGUAGAGAAACAGUUGGCCGGUCAGUUCGAUAUUGAACAUUAUUCCGAAAUUUCGAAACAAUUUUCGACAAACAAUUAUAUGGAUCAACUUUAUAUGCAGAUUCCAGAAAAAGAUCAGUCUAGUAAUAUCAUUCCGGGUUGGAAACGUCAGAUGAUGGCGAAAAAGGCAGCCGAACGAGCCAAGAAGGAAUUCGAAGAACGAAUGGCUAAGGAAGCAGAAAACAGGCGCCUCUCACAAAUACCUCAAUGGAAACGUGAUCUACUAGCCAGACGAGAGGAAACCGAAAAUAAAAUAAAAGCAUCAAUUUAUACACCCAAGGUGGARGAAAAUAAUCGUAUAGCUGAAACUUGGCAACUUAAGAAUCGAGCAAUUUCAAUUGAUAACAUUAAUUUGGUUUUUCCGAGCGUUGAUACCCUUCCAAUUGCUUCCGGAACUUUUGACAAUAAUAACAAGGAAAACAAGGAACAAAAUGAACAAGCUGCGAUCAUAAAUAUUCCAGUAUCAGAUGAUGAUAACAAUAGUAAUCAAUAUAACAAAGGAGAUGAAGCAGAUAACAUCAUACCAUGGCGAGCCCAGUUACGAAAAACCAAUAGCAGGCUAAGUUUAAUUUAAGAAUGAAAAUUUCUUAAC